GUUGCAUAAAAAUAGCGGACCAAUCAAAAGUGGCUCCCUGAUGGUCAGACUCUUAUUACACGUGACUAAAAAUAAAGAUACCAAUUCGUCAUUUUUUGAUCACGUGAUGUCACGUCGAGAGUCACAUGAAAACCUACCCUAAAUCUAGUGAAUUUAGGUUUGAGAAGCAACAAGCACAACAAAUCUCUCCCUCCGCCUAAAUUCAAAAACAGACGAUUUGUAUGAAGGUGUCAGUUGAUAACUGUCCACAAUAAUGGAGCUCGACGAGUUGGAACAAUCUGUAAAGAGCCUAAAUGCGGCGCUCAACAAGUUCCCGAUCGGUGCAAUUUCGUUGAACGAUUUCAAACCAGUCGAGGAGAGGAUCCAGACGGCCAGGGAGUCUCUGAUGCAUUUGAAUGCAAGAUUAUUAAUGCUUCAAGCAAAGUAUAAACAGUACACAAGUGAUGAACGAAGACGAAAGGAGGGAGAAUCUUCAUCUGUUGGAGAUACCUUGCAGAAUGUUACAAGUGACACCCUGAUAAAUACUAAGGCCAUUAAGUUAUGUCUUCAUAGUACCACUAUUCUUUCUAUUCUCAGUAAUAAGGAAGGCGAUGCGAAAGACCAAGAAAAACUUUAUACUUAUAUGAGGAAGUUAUUCACUCUCAAUGACAAUAUUAUGGCUAUUCAAGAGGCCAUUGAAAGAGAAUCUCGUCUACAGUUAGACUUAAAAGUAGAAUGUCAGAAGGCAUUAUUUGAUUACAAAAAUUUUUUAAAAGAACAGGAACAAAUACGAAGCGAGAAAUUACAAGAAACAAACCCUGAAAUUGUAGCAAAUAAAAAGAAAAUGGAAAGAACUUUACGAAAGAUAAAUAUAAUGAAGAAACUCAUUAGAAAUUUUAUAGCGGCAAGCAAACAUAUGCUAAUGAAGGAGCCUAUAUUGUUAGAAAUGUUGGAGAAUCAUAGAGAACUAAUAAAUGUCGAGACGAUACUCAAAAUGUCCCAAAAUAAUGAAGAUGGUGAAGAUACAUAACAGAGGUAGAUAGAGAAAGAUAGAGAAUGAAAGAAAUCUCAAAGAUAAAAUACGCAAGAAUUCAUUAUGAACUUUUUUCUCUUUUCUUACUUGCUAAGCGCAAUAGACACAACACAUAUUUACAAGAAUAAGCUUCACGCAAAUUUCAAUCUUUCUUUUUUUUUUCCCCUUUUUUCAAGUUCUUUCUCUAUUAAAGUAUCUUGUCAGACGAUGAUUUGUAUAAGUCAAUUAUUAAAUAAAGCAUAAUUGGUAUUGUAUAUAAGUUAAAAAUUAAGAUAAUCACAGCUUACGUAUAUAUAGUAAAAUUUUCAUUAUAGGGGGAGAGAGAUGUACAUAUUCAUAUCUUCUGAAAUCGAUAUAGUUGAGAAACUUUCGCGUACAUGUUA